CCGAGUUUUAGCACAACCAAGAUGGCGCUUUAUUUCUAAGUGGAAAUUUACAACGUAAGCCACGUGUUUUAUAACAUCAUGGCAAAGAAAGUAAAGAAAAAGGGAGAAGCUGGAGCAGCCACAGCAUAUCUCAGUAGAAAGCAAGCAUUAAAGAAACUUCAACUUUCGUUAAAAGAUUUCAGGAGGUUGUGUAUACUGAAAGGAGUUUAUCCAGUUGAACCGAGACACAAGAAAAAAGUGAAUCAUGGCAGUUCUGCAAACAAAACUUAUUACCUUUUGAAGGAUAUCCAAUUUCUUGCUCAUGAACCAGUGAUAAACAAAUUUAGAGAGUUUAAGGUUUUUAUGCGAAAACUGAAGAAAGCUUAUAGUAAGGAUGAUAAAGAUGCAGUUAAGAGAAUAAAAGAAAAUGAGCCCAUUUAUAAGUUAGAUCACAUUGUAAAAGAAAGAUAUCCUACUUUUGUCGAUGCACUAAGAGAUGUGGAUGAUGCGCUUUCCAUGUGUUUUUUGUUUGCAACUUUUCCAAAGUUACGUAACUUAAAGCUAGAAUUGCUUCAGUUGUGUAAGCGUCUGACAGUGGAAUUUCUUCAUUACGUGAGAGAAUCUCGGUCUCUUCGGAAAGUCUUCAUUUCGAUCAAAGGCUAUUAUUAUCAGGCAGAAAUAAUGGAUCAGUUAAUUACCUGGGUCGUACCUCAUCCUCUCGGAUUUAAACAUCCGGUAGCUAUAGAUUUCAAGAUUAUGGUGACUUUUGCAGAAUUCUAUACGACAAUGUUGGGUUUUGUUAAUUACAAGCUUUAUCAUUCUCUCAAUCUAGUUUAUCCACCUAAGUUGGAAACAUUUCAUUCCUCUCAAGAUUUAAUAGGAGAUGACGAUCCAGAGGCAGAGUACAUUGCUGCUCUGAGUGGAUCUUUAAAAUCCAUGGUUAAGGAAGUGGAAGAAGAAAUUCCCUUGGAUAAUUUUAUGAUUGAAGAUGAGGAUAAAAUGAAAAAAGCACGCGAAAAACAAGAAGAAACAAAGAAGUUACAAAAUAUGUUUAAUGGCUUAAAAGUAUUUAUCAGUAGAGAAGUUCCAAGAGAAUCAUUGGUAUUUGUCAUCAGAUCAUUCGGUGGAAUGGUUUCUUGGGAUAAAAAUACAUUUGUAGGUGCAACCUAUGACGAAACAGACCAAACAAUAACACAUCAAAUAGUUGACAGACCAGAAAUCACUGAUCAGUACAUGAACAGGUAUUAUGUUCAACCUCAGUGGAUAUACGACUGCGUUAAUGCACGUAUGUUACUACCAGAAUCAAGAUACUUUCCAGGAGUUACUCUUCCGCCUCAUCUCUCGCCUUUUGUUGAAGAAAAGGAAGGGGAGUAUAUACCUCCAGAAAAACAAGAAAUUUUAAACAUGCGCAAGAAUCUUCCAACAGAUGAAAAAUUAAAUAUUGAAGCAAGUGAAUCGGAAUCUGAAGAUGAAGAGGAGGAGGAGGAGGAGGUGGAGGGAGAAGAUGAUGAUGAUGAGAGUGAAAAUGAAAGUGAAGAUGAGAAACAAGAGACGGAGGUCGGCGUGCUCAAAAAGAGAAAAUUGGAAAACAAGAGCAAAAACAAAUCCGAAAAGAAAUCAAAGAUGGAAGUGCAGAGAGGAGAAAUAAAAAUCGAAGAUAAAACCAAAGUUCGCCAGAGAGAAGAAGCAGAAGAGAAACGACUCAGAGUCAUGAUGAUACCGAAGAAACAUAAAAGACUAUAUAAUAAGAUUGUAUUCGGAGAGAAAAGAAGAAAGAGAGAGGCCGGAAAGUUGAAGGAGAAAAGGGAAAUAUAUGAAAAAGAGCAAAAGAAAGCAAAGAAGAAGAAGAAGUUAAUUUCUCCUGUAUAAAAUAUCAACUUAAAUCAAUGUAUAAUAAAA